AUGCGCGCCGUCCUCCCCGCCCUCACCCUCGCCGCGCUCUCUCUCCCUUUUAUCGCCGCCGUCCCCAGUGACGCCCAGGACGACUUCCUCCGCUCCGAACGCGCUCUUUACCGCCGCAACAUCGUCACUGACGGCUCUAUUGCAUCCUCCUACGACUAUGUCAUCGUCGGCGGCGGCACCGCUGGCCUUGUCCUCGCAGCCCGUCUUUCCGAGGACGCCAACACGACCGUCCUCGUCCUCGAAGCCGGAGACACCGGAGAGGCUGUCCAGGACAAGAUCGACAUCCCCGUCUACACCUACUACAACUCCCUCGUCGGCACGUCCUACGACUGGGCAUACGAGACCGUCCCCCAGCCAAACGCUGACAACCGCCAGAUCGCUUGGCCGCGCGGCAAGGUCCUUGGCGGCUCCUCUGCUAUCAACGGUCUCUACCUCGUCCGGCCCUCCGAGGUCGAACUCAACGCCUGGGCAGGCUUGGUCGACAAUGGCUCCAUCUGGGCCUGGAACAACCUCUACGCCGCCAUGAAGUCCAGCGAGUCCUACUCCCCUCCCUCCACCACCGUCCAGGACACCGCCAAGAUCGAGUAUGCAAACUCUAGCCAUGGCUUCUCGGGCCCUCUACACGCCUCUUAUCCCGGAUACAUGAUGUCUCAGGUCGGCGACUGGGAGCCGACCAUGAACGCCGCUGGCUUCCAGACAUCCGCCAAUCCAGACGGAGGGGAGGGUUGGGGCGCCUUUGUAGCCACUUCUGCUAUUAAUCCGGCCAAUUGGACGCGCUCCUACUCGCGCUCUGCUUAUAUAGAUCCUCUUCCUCCGCGCUCAAACCUCGAUGUCCUUCCAAACGCCACCGUCACGCGACUCGUCUUCACCAACGCCACAGAUGGAAACAUCACCGCAACCGAGGUACAGUAUGCUAGCGCGAGCGGCGCGGCUACGCAGAGCGUCCAAGUGUCCAAGGAGGUCAUCCUUGCUGCAGGCGCCAUCGGAAGCCCGCAGAUUCUGAUGGUUAGCGGAGUUGGCCCCCAGGAUGUGUUGGAGGCCGCUGGUGUCCCUGUCCAAAUAUCGCUACCGGGCGUUGGGCAGCACUUGCAGGACCACAUCUAUGCAGAAGUUACCUGGAAGACGAACACGCAGACGUCUGCGAGCAUCUACUACGCUAAUUAUUCCAGCAAUCCUCCCGAUGUCUCGUCUCCCUUCCUAUCUUUCGUCAACUCGGCGACGGCUUAUGUCAACUUUAGCUCCCUCGUCUCCGCGCCUCAAACGUAUGCUUCCCAGAUCGCAGCAAAUGUCAGCGAGAGCGCAGCUACCCUCGUGCCGAGCCAGUAUAGCGAGGUCAUCGAAGGAUACAAGGCAAUCUACAACCUCACCGCCCAGACCCUGCUCAUGUCGUCUAUCGGUGAUAUGGAGAUCCUUCUCACCCUCACCGGCUCCGGCCAGUACAACCCGCAAACGAUCUCCAUUCAGGCAGCUCUGCAGCACCCCUUCAGUCAAGGUCGGCUUUACAUCAACAGUUCGGACAUCUUCGACUAUCCACUCAUUGACCCCCAGUACCUCUCCCACAAUGCCGACCUUGUUCUCUUGCGCGAAGGCCUUAGGCUCUGCAGAGAUAUCGGCAACACCGCGCCGCUCAGCUCUGUCAUGACGGAGGAAAUUUCGCCAGGAUCGAGCGUGAACACCGAUGAUGAGUGGGAGACGUGGCUCGCGCAAAACUUUUAUACCGAGUAUCAUCCCUCGUGUUCAUGUGCCAUGCUUCCUCUCAGCCAGGGUGGUGUCGUCGACGCCAACCUCAAGGUGUAUGGAACUACGAACGUCCGUGUUGCGGAUUCGUCCGUCUUUCCCUUUGAGUUCUCCGCCCACCUCCAAGCACCGACGUACGGACUCGCCGAGCAGGCUGCAAGCAUGAUCAAGGGCACGUUUGUCAACUUGAACAGCCAGACAAAUAGCAGCUCCACAUCGACAAAGCCCAGCACAUCCGCAUCGCCGUCGCCGACGGGAUCUGUCGAUGGCAAGUCAAAUGGCGCGCUCUCAUCCCGCACGCCUGUCUUCCCGUCAUCGGCGGCUGCAGCAGCGCUUGCGCUCCUGGCAGCAUUUGUUUUGUAA